AAUAGAAAAACAAUAUAUUAAAAGGGUUAGUUGGUGUGUGCCCCACAUUGAUACAAGAGCGUUGAACUGUGAUAAUAAACAGAGGACAGGACGAGAUAAUACCCAGUUGACACUGUGUCAUCAUAUAUAAUGGACACAAAUAUACAAAAAACAAGAAUGCUGUCAUAUCUAUUAAUGAUACUUAUAUCGUCCACCGCAGCAGAGAUUUGCCCAUAUAUAUAUGACAAUCAGUCGUACACAAGAACCUCUGUAUUAACUAUAAAGGGUCUACCAACCAAUUUAGUUAUAAACCCUCACACCAAUGACCUUCUAUUCACAUUGAUCGAUCUCGAAUCAUUACAAAAUGAUGAGGUCCAAACUAAAAUGGACCAAUACAUACUAAAGAAUGGGGAACCAAUCAAAAUCGACAAUGUUAACGGUCAAGCUGCCGCUGUGGAUGUCAAUUAUGACAAAGUAUAUAUAGCCAGUGACGAUGGCUUGAAUAUUCUUAAUAAAACUAACAAAGCCAAUUUUGUCAGUUUGAAAGACGAAGACAUAGUUCAAAUAUACAAGCCGCAAAACAAGGAUGAACUUUACGCUGUGAUAUUCCCAGAAAACGAAGUGUAUGUGAUAAAUCUGAAGAGAAACGAAAAGAAGAAGGUGGACUAUGUACCUUGUGCGUACAUCAUAGCAGUGGACGCUGAUGACAAUAUUUAUUAUGAGUGUGACUCAAAAUAUGUAAAAGUAUUAUUAAAAGAUUUCCAAGAACCUAUAGAGUUUGUUGGUAUAGCUAAGAAUACAGCCAGGGCUAUCACUGUUGAUGGUAACAAUAGAGUGGUUUUAGCGGCCAACGAUGGUCUCUACCAUUUGAAACCAGACAGUUUGAUACCGAAGAAGCUGAUGCAGCUAGAUUUUGUGCCCGCUGGUAUUGCUUUCAAGGACGAUGAUUUGUAUUUAUCUACGAAUAGUAUAAUAUACAAGUAUAGUCACACUGACUGCGAAUAAAGUGCUCAUAUAAUUUAUAACGAACCAAAUAAAGAUUGUGGUCUUUUGUC